GAGCUACGACAUAACCGUCCACAACUCUAAACUCAUCUUCAAGGAAACCAUUACACCAGUUCCUUCAUCCAAAACUUCUAAACCUAAGUCAGUUCUUGCUGCCUCUCCUGACCUAAUGCAUUUUGUCACUCUUGUCAAAGAGCAACUACACCUCAUGGAGCUCACUAUGCUACUCAGAUUUGAUUCUUUGGCCGAAUCUGUAACAUCACUCUCUAAUAGCCUUGAGGAACUUCGCAUCGAACUAAAAUCCUUUCAAGGUGAAGUGUUGGCCAAAUUCGAUCAAGACACUGAAGGACUCCACAGAUUAAUCAUUUCCUCUUCGGAUGAAGAAUAAUUUGCCAUCAUAAACAUUUUUCUACAAAUACUAUGAUUUCGGGAGCGGAUAUCACAAUUGAAUGCUAUUCUAUUACCCUUUGGCAUUGUUUUGGUUAUUUUCUGUUUCCUUUUGGUUGAUGCCAAAAGGGAGAAAUAAUCAGGUGCCUUCUCUUCUCUUUUCGCUGAUACACUCAAACUGAUAUUGCUAUGCUUUGCUCUAAUACUAAUCUGCAGGAACUCUUUUGGAACCUAAUGUUUGUCAUCAACAAAAAGGGGGAAUUUGUUGAUUAUGAAGUUUUGUUGAUGACUAACCAUAAACAGAAAAGAACACUAUCCUUAGGUCCAAAACAAAAGACAAUGCCUUGUCAAUUCACUAAACCAUGCAGGUGGACCUUUGGAUAGAACUACGAUUGGAUCUAUCAGGGACGAACUUCGUUCUGAUGGAGUCAACAUCACAGCCAUCUGCUUACCAUGAACAUAUUCAGAAAGAAACUGAAGUAACCGACCUCACUUCUCAGCAUGGCAGCGCUUCACAGAUUAAAUCACAGUCACCAAUGUUCACAUCUAUCCCAUUCGGUCCAUCAAACGUGACUUUUGAUCCUAAUUUUAUGAUGCAUCCUUCAUUUCCUCGUGCUCACUCAC